AUGAAUAUCACAACUCGCGCCCAGUCAAAGUCUCAAUCACCGAAAGAUGAUUCGAAGGCGUCGACACCAAAAAGCCAGAAGGAUUCACCCCGCCCCUCGAGCGCAAACCGAAAAAAGUCCUCCGAAAUCGCGGAAACGAAAGCAAAACGGACCCGCACAGGCUGCCUUACUUGUCGAGAACGACACUUGAAAUGUGACGAGGCGUUGGGAAGGUGUCUGAAUUGUCGGAAAUCAGACAGAAUCUGCCGCCGGGGAGUUCGGUUAAACUUCAUUGAUAUACAGACAGUUGCCCCUCCACAUAUUAUCGCACGUCCACAGGGUACAAAGUUGACGUUUCGCGAUGACUCGCGUUUUAUAGCAUCGGAGUAUGUUGGGGGCUUUGAGAGAUACCCGCCCCCACAGCCUGAUAGUCCGAUCCAGGAAAGACGACAGAUCCAACAUGAAGCGCUGAAUCUCAUUGGCUCUGAUCAGUUGGCGAGACUUUUCCAGUCAGUUGCUCAUUCAUUUGACCCUGUUGGUCUUGAGAUUUCGCAUUCUGUAGCGAAUGAUUUCCUGGGUGAGACUGAUACAUGGCAUGAUGGACAUCUUGUGCCAGGGGAUGAAUUACUCCCGCAAGGCACAUCGAAUUUUGCUCACAAGUUGGCAUUGAAGCAAUAUAGUCCAGCUUCACUAACUGACCCAGAUCAAAUAUUUCUUCUCCAAUCCUUUGUGGAUGAAGUGGGACCUUGGAUGGACUCAAUGGACGUAUCAAGACAUUUUACACAAAUUUUACCCUUACAUUCAAUUGAUGAACCUCUGUUGCUGAAAGCAUUCCUGGCUUGCGGUGCGCGGCAUAUCUCCCUUGUUGAUCCCAACUAUGGGCGAGAGAAGGCGCAUCAGUAUUAUGACGCCGCCACCCAGGACCUCUUGCAUAUUAUUCAAGAUCCUAACCGCGAUUCGGUCUUAUGUGCCACGGCCGCUUUAGUGCUUAGUAUCUAUGAAUCUAUGUCACCGCAGCCAAACAUGAAACAUGUGGCAGGAUCAAGAGCCUUGAUUCGGGAAUGUGGCUGGUCUGCCAAAACCCCUCAUUUGGGAGGAGCAUGUUUCUGGUUAAGUGUCAGUAUGGAGCUACUCCAAUGUCUAGAACAUGGUUGGUCAUUGUCUUGGAAUCCUGAUACAUGGGGUAUCGAUAUGCACAUGGACCAGGUCCAGCCGUUGUGGAAAGGAGAUGAUCAUUGGCUACACCGCAUCAUAUACAUCUGCGCAAAGGUUGCAAAUUUCCGAGUCGCCAUGCAAAACCUCUACUCAUCGGUUGACUCGCCAUCUAAAAGCGCUCGACUGAAUGAAGCGGUGCAAGAAUGGAAUCAUUAUAAUGCUUGGUGUGAACAAUGGGCUAGUUCCAUACCCCGAUCGAUGAGACCUCUUGGCUAUAUUCAACCUUGGCAAGCUGAAUCACAUUCGCGUUUUCCGAAAAUUUGUCUUAUCAAACGAUCGGCCAUUAUCUCUCAGUUCUUUUAUCACACAACUCGUAUCGCUCUAGCUAAGGCUCACCCAAUGGCAACUGCGCAUCUCGAGAUGAAGAAAGUGCAACAAUCACAUGCAUAUGACGUGUGCGGUCUUGCUGCAAACCUCAAAGAUCGAAGUGUCUCAAAUAUUGCACUUCACUGUUUAUCUGUUGCUGCAGAAUCCUUGGAAAUCCAAGAAGCGCAGGAAGAGGUCUUGCAUAUAUUGGAUAAUCUAACAAAAGAAUCACCUUGGCAUGCCGGGCCAAUCAAAGAACGGUUGAAACGCCUUUGGAAUUGGACGCACCACGUACAGACGGUGAACCCGACACAGAUGCAUAGUGAAUUUUUCGAGCUUGACCCAGCACUCGCAAUUGGUGGAGAAUCUGGUUUUGCUGCUAGCAUCACAAAUCCCCUCUUGAAUUCUGGCGACUUCUCAAUGGAAAAUAACCCAUACCAGGGCUAUUACGUCCCGCCCCAUCAUCACCAAAUUCUUGAACAUUACUCUUACGACUCCUAUCUUGUUUGA